GAUUCGUCAUACAUGGAGUAUAUUCAUCCUUUUCGGUUCUCUUUUCAUCGAAACACGUCUUAAAUCGAUCGAUUACCCAUUAUGGAUGAAUUGCAAUCAUAUACCCCCUUGCGUCGUCUACUAAGUGGAGAAGUUAAAUUUAGAUCGAGAGUUAAUCUAGGAACCUCGGUCGUUGGACAAGGACGGAUCAUGGCAAUCAACGCCCACAUUUCACGGCAUCUCUACCCUCCAGCACAAAAAGGAUCCGUCUAGUUUUAUAUACCCCGAAGGCGUCAACUAACUGCACAGCUCCUCUUUGACUAGUGUACAGUACACUACGUUCGACAUGUCUCUCUAUCAAAACAUCGCUCUCAAUUGCUCUUUUGCCUUGCAUGGCCUACGCCAUCCAUUGGAUAUGUACUCAAGUCUUGGUCCUACGCUGAGUGAAGCUACCUUUGGCCUGUUGGGAUCCUCCUUUGAGCCGAGCAGAGAUAUUGGCGACCUCUCUGGGAAGGUCCUUUUUGUCACAGGAGGGAAUGCCGGUCUUGGAAAAGAAACCGUCCUUCAGCUUGCGCAACAUAACCCGUCGCGCAUAUACCUAGCCGCUCGGGAUGCUACUAAAGCUCGUGAAGCCAUCAGCUCGAUUAAAGACACCACUUCAGCCUCCGUUGACAUUAGACAUAUUGAUCUUGACUUGUCUUCUUUCCAGUCUAUACGCGAUGCUGCAGAGAAGUUUUGCUCGGAGUGUGAUCGUUUGGAUAUCUUGAUCCUCAACGCUGGCACCAUGGCAAAUCCGCCAGAGCUUACAAAGGAAGGCUUUGAAAUUCAAUUUGGAACAAACCAUAUUGGCCAUUUCCUGCUUACCAAACUCCUCCUCCCUACGCUAGAAAAAACUGUUGGAAGCUCCGCAUCAGAUGUGAGAAUCGUGACGUUGAGUUCCGUGGGGAGCCAUGCGGCUCCAUCCUUUGAUGUCAUGACCUCAACGUCUGCUCUCCUGGCCGCCCACACGCUCGUUCGCUAUAGCGCGUCUAAAGCUGCUAACAUCCUUUUCGCGUCGGAGCUUGCCCGCCGAUACCCAGAAAUUCUCUCGGUUUCUGUUCAUCCGGGUGUAGUGUCCAGCGAACUAUACCGCCAUACCGGCGCGAUGAAUGCCGUCUCAAGAUUCGGGCUUGAUUUACUUUCUACCGUGUUUCGUAGUGUACGCACAGGGGCGAUGAACCAGCUCUGGGCUGCCGGGGCGAAGAGAGAGCAAUUGGUCAAUGGCGCUUACUACGUUCCAAUCGGGGUACGCGGCUCGAGCAGAUUCGCCGAUGAUGCAGACAUGGCACGAAAGCUUUGGGAAUGGACAGAGAACCAGAUCGCUAAGAAAUCGUGAUCCUCUCCUUUGCCUCGUGCUGCCUUGCAAUAUGAUACACACCAUCUGGUUGAUAUAUAAGUCUAAUCUUAAUCGUUUUCUACUUGGACUAUUUCAGAACUUUCGCAAGUUUUGACUAACC